AUGGAAUAAACCUCCACAACAUCAAGCACUCCCACAAUGCAACCUGACCAAUUUGCCUCUAAUACUAAACUUUAAAUGCCAUACUUUAUGAACACUGAGUUGAUUUCAUAAAUGCGCAAUACUUCCUCUCAGUAAAAUCUUCCAACUGUCUCUAACUUUGCUUCUAAUUCUCGGACUUAGAAUCAAUUGAUCAGCUCUUCUAGUUUAAAUAACUAGAACGGUAGCUCAACAAGCAUUGCAAACUGCACAUCUCUUCCUGUAUAGUCUUAAAACUCUAUUAAUCUCUAAUUGAACACUUAGGUUUCUUAAAAUCCAACCAACCAAAACAUGUUAGUAAAUAAUCUCGCUAGCCCCAAUACUCUUGCUAACUCAAACAGCAACAAUAACGGCACUAAUUCACCCACUAAGAAUUUAUUAGUCAAUAUGAAUAACGGAACCAAUUAAUAAACUCCAUUAUAAUUCUUAAACAAUAAUAACUUUUUGCAAUUCUAAAUCCAAUAAUUGCAAAAUUAACAACAACUUAAUGCUGCUUUAAACCAAUAAAAUAAUUUAAUUGGCUUACCCAUUCAAAACGUUCAAUAAAAUUAAAAUCCACAACAGUAAUUCAUGCUUUUAAAUAUGAUGGAAAACAUACAAUAGUAAUAGCAGUUAUAACAAAUGGAAUAAUUCAACAAUCUAAGCAAUUUGCAUUUAAUGGCUGCUUAAUUGUAAUCUUUGCCCAGCAUUAAGAUACCUUCUUGCCAAAAGCAUCAACACAAGGCUGAGCCAGGCUUGAAGUUCUUGUGUACUUCUCCAAAUUGCUCUUAUUAGUGGUAAUUGUUGUGCUAGAAUUGCUUGAUAGAACACACAGGUCAUGAAAUUAUUGAUGCUAGAGUUUUUCUUAACUAGGUGAAGGGAAAAGUAACUGAAAAUAUUGCUGCUACAAGCAAUUAAUUUAAUACUAUUGAGAAUCUCUUCAACUAGAAUAUACAAAGCUUGGAAGGAAUGCAAGAACAUAUUAACAACUUGCUUGAUACUCUCAAAUCUCUUCAACGCGCUUACUUCAUGAUGAAAUUGACAAGCAACAAUGACACCACCUACCUCAUCAAUGUUUUAAAGGAAAUUGAAGAGCCUAGCUCUUGCCUCAAUGAGAAACAACUCAACGAAAGAAUUUCUUCCAUCUCAAAAAUAUCUUAAAACAUCCGCUAAGUUAAGAUGGAAAGCUUUUCUCAAUUGAUCAGUAUCAACAAUAUGUCUGCUAAGGUUGUCAACGAUGCAAAGCAAUAAAUAAUAAACACUCAAGGAUUAGCAGCUAACCUUUAAGAAACAUUUUCUCACCGUAUGAUCGGUUCUGAAAUGAAAGAAUUGGAAAAGAAGCACCAAGAAGAAAAAACAUUAGAGCAUUUCUCCAAGCUAUUCCACCUCAUCAAAGGUCAUGCUAAGAAGAGAGACGUUAUUAACUUCCUUACAUGGGAACCCCAAACCAAAGAGCUUAAAUAUUCCAAAGAUAUUAAGGAUAAACACGGUGAACAUUUCUACGUAAGCUUUUCCUUGAAAUUAAAGAAUAUCGAAAACAUGGAAAAUAAAGAUAUUGAUGAAAAUUUCAUCAACAAAAUAGUUAAAGUAGUAGAAGAAAAAGCUCCUGAAAUCCAAAACAAAAAGAACGUUGAACGUAAGAAAAUUGACCCUAACGGUAAAAAGCGUAAAUAUUGCAGAUUCAAUCCUCGUAUUGAAAUAGAUGUCUCUCUUAAUUGCUCUGCCUACAAAAAUAUUAAAAUUGAGUGA